AUGGCCAGCAAUGAUCUUGGCGAGGGUGUGGUGAGAAGCACGAGCAGGAGAUUGACGUACGCGGCCGACGGCCUCACGUCUGGGGUCCCAUCUUCCUCCAUCCCAGGGGAGACGGCGCAGGCUGCUCCUGCAGAGAGGGAAUCUUUCGAGUCUGGAACACCGGUCGACAGGCGAAGUAUGGACGAGAAGGAUCCAGAGAAGGACGACGUAACACCCCACCACUUCCAGGAUACUACCGACGACGAUAUCGAGAGGCAAACCCCGACGGAGCAGAGAGCACCUGCGGAGAAGCAACAAGAAGAGAGAGAUCCAAAUCUUGUCGUUUGGGACGGUCCAGAUGAUCCAGGAAAUCCAAUGAAAUGGGCGGCAUGGUACAAGUGGACUGUCACACUCGCCCUCGGGAUGAUGACCUUCUGCAUCACCUUCGCAUCCAGUGUCUUCUCCACAGCAACCGAAGUAACCGCAGAGAAAUUCAACGUCUCUACGGAGGUGAUGACGUUAGGAACUAGCCUGUUUGUUUUGGGCUUUGCCUUUGGCCCAAUCAUGUGGGGCCCGCUCUCGGAGCUCUAUGGCCGAAAGUAUCCUCUGUUCUUCGGCUUCUUCGUGUUCAGCAUCUUCCAAAUCCCGGUCGCGGUCGCCCAGAACCUGCAGACCAUCAUGAUCUGCCGCUUUUUCGGAGGCUUUUUCGGUUCAGCACCGCUCGCCAUCGUCGGUGGCGCCUUGGCCGACUUCUGGGACCCGAUUGACCGCGGCAUCGCCGUCUGCGUCUUCGCGGGUGCUACCUUCAUUGGCCCCGUCGCCGGUCCAAUCGUGGGUGGCUUCAUCACCAUGAGCCAUCUCGGCUGGAGGUGGACGGAAUACAUCACGGCCAUCAUGGGCUUCUUCUUCGGGACCAUCGGCUUCUUCGUGGUGCCCGAGACAUACGCGCCAGUUCUGCUGCAACGCCGGGCCAAGAGCCUCCGCUACGGGACGAAGAAUUGGGCGUUGCACUCCCGACAUGACGAAGUGCGUGUCGACCUGAAGUCCAUUGGCCGGAAGUACAUCCUGAGGCCCUUCGCCAUGAUCGUCUUGGAACCAAUCCUGCUGCUGGUCACUCUGUACAUGUCGGUGGUGUACGGAGUCCUGUACCUCUUCUUCGAGUCGUACCCGAUCGCCUUCCAGGAGACACGCGGCUGGAACGAGGGCGUCGGGGCGCUGCCAUUCCUCAGCAUCACCGUCGGCGUGGUCAUCGGGGGCGGGCUGAUCACCUGGACGUCGAAGACGCGGUUCAAGCGCAAGAUGGAGAAGCACGGCAGGGUGAUCCCGGAGGAGCGUCUGAUCCCAAUGGUCAUCGGCGGCUUCCUGUUCCCCGCGGGCUUGUUCUGGUUCGCGUGGACCAGCAGCCCCAACAUCAGCCCGUGGCCGCAGAUCGUGGCCGGGGUGCCCAUCGGGGCGGGCAUCCUCAUGAUCUUCCUGCAGGGACUCAACUACAUCAUCGACGUGUACAUGAUGAACGCCAACAGCGCCAUCGCCGCCAACACUUUCCUGCGCAGCUUUGCCGGGGCGGGAUUCCCGCUGUUUGCCGUUGCCAUGUAUCACACAUUAGGAGUUGACUGGGCGACGACGCUUUUGGCUUUCAUCGCCGUGGCCUUGUUUCCAGUGCCUAUUCUGUUUUAUGUCUAUGGAGCCCGGAUCAGAAAGAUGUCGCGCUACAGCCCGUCCGCCUGA